CCGCCCUACUCACGACAGUCUUUUGGUCUCCUUGUUGAUGCAGUAGACAUUAUUGUAGUGGGUGGGUUUGUUUGAGUAGUACGUUCUAGUGUUUGGAGAAUGUCCACAUUAACAUCCUAUUGCAUUUCGUUUUGUUAUCUUUGCGACGUCUGAGUGUAAACUUAUUGAAGUAUAACAACUAAGUGUUCUUUCUCGUCGGUGCUGUUGUCUGUUGUCAUCUACAAAUGUAUCUAUAAAGUCGGAGUUGACAUCUUCAAGUACGGAGAAACCGCAAUGGACUCACUCCCACUAGAAGUUCUUGAUAAAAUUGCAGAGCACCUGACACCCUACGAGCUGGCAGCGUGUUCUGGCGUUAGUGUGGGAUGGAGAGAUGCCUUCAACCAGGACAGUCUGUGGAGGCCACACUGCAACAAGGACACGGCAGAGUACCUGGAGACUACGGAGAGUAGAGUGGAGCCAAGUUUUGAGUGUCCGGAGUUCGAGGACAGCACCCUGAGUCCUGUCUGUCGCUGGCGGAUAUGUUACAUGCGUGAGACUCACCUGCACAACAACUGGAGACAUGGCAGAUCCGUCAAGGAAAAUAUAAGCAUUGUAGAGAACUUCCGAGACAAGUUCUGCAUGUUUGUCUCUGACGAUUAUGUGCUACUGUCAAGUGGAAAAACGUUAAUGUUGUGGGACGUUAGAGGCUCUCCAGUUUAUAUAGGAGAACCAAUACGUUUACUCUUUGUAUCAGAAGAAAACAUGUUCGGACAAUUGAUCAACUCCAACAUGAUGUUGAUUCUUCAAGAAUUAUCUGUACAAGUUUACUGUUUUAAAUCCAUUUUAGACGAAUCUUGGGAAUUAAAACACGUUUUCUUUCUUGAUGGAACUCAAAGUGUUUCUCCUAGUGAGGCGUUCAGUGUUAUGGCCGUUACAACUGAAGAUUCUUUUGUUAAUGAAGAUCCGAUUGUCAUAGGCAAUCUUUUCGUUCAUUACUCCUUAACGUACCUAACAGUUUUACACAUUUGGAAUGUUGAGGAAGGGAAAAAGUUAAAGACGGUUGAAUGUAAGAUUACAUCAGGAAAGUGUUACAAGAUAUGUACCAUUGUUAAAUCUGACAAACCAUCUCUAGACAUUGUAGUGGUUUACUGGAAUUGGAGAAAUUUAAAAGAUGAAUUUCACGUAUACAUUUACAGUUUAAAACAUUUGGACUUCCUCCCUUUCCACGAAACCUAUGACAUGAAUAACUAUGUACAAAUUGGUUGUGUGUUACAAGACAGAUUUCUCGGUGUUACAGUUAAUGAACAUCUCUACAUCUAUAAUUAUGUGACGUCACAGUUACUACAUACAAUACCAACUAUAACCAACUCUGUUACGGUCGACAAUCACAUUUUGUUCUCUGAACAACAAAUGUUUUACAAGAGUUUCAAUACAACUACUCUAGAAAUUAAAAACGUAAGAGUGACCAAUAACACAGAAGUUCCUUCGGAAUGUUAUUUGGGAAAACAUUUAUUCGGCAAUUUUUUUUACACUUCGGAUAAUCUCAUACAUGCAAAAGUAUGGGAGAUAGGAAGAAACCCAAUGGCAGAAGAAGUAACAUGGCUAGAACAUUUAGACUAUAUCCCACAUAGUGACAUUAACAGAUCAAAUACUAAAUUAAUCGUAAAACCAUAUGUACAUAAAAAUGAUUUUAUUUGUGAAUAUUUUUGGUAAUAUCUUCAAUUAUAAAAUACAGACUCAAUUUCCCCGUAAAUAGUCUUAUUUUUAAUAGACGUUAAUGAUUUAAUCUAAUCAUGACAGUUCAUUUUUCGAGAAUAUUUUGUCUUUAAAGUGUAUAAAAUAUGUUGUUUUAUAGUAUUAUGGUUGUAUAAUCUAUCAUACUUGAAGUUGUCUAAACAGUAAUCCUGUGUUUUAACUGCUGUGUUACUUUGACCCAGUUCUUUAGUAUAGGAGACCAAAAUGUACAGUGGUCUAACGUUUUACCACAUAAAACUUUUUAAUUUAUAUGUCACGCUUUAACUAGACUUACUUGUUGCUCUUACUUAUUGAUUUACAUUACGUUACUUAAUUAAAUAUAAUUCUUAACUUUAAAGAACACAACAAACUUAUGAACUGAUUCUUAUGUUUAUCUUAAGUAUUUUAAACAUCCCUAGAAAUUUCGCCAUUUCAUAAUAAGACAAUAACAAGAUACUACACAUUGGUAUUUUAUUACGAAUUCUCUUAUUUUACUGAUAUGAGUUCUUUGGGUGAACAUAGCUUAAACGCUAGUAGUACCAUAUCAGUAAUGUGGUACUACCAACUGUCUCACGUUUCACUCAUGGUUCCUCUGGGUGUUCUAAGCGUAAACGUUGUAAGUAAUCAGGUACUACCAUUACAGAUUCCAUCGAUAUCGGUUCUCUGGGUGACCAUAGCCUAAACAUUACCAGUAAUGAGGUACUACCAACUGUCUCAAGUUUCACUCAUAUGGGUCCUCUGGGUGUUCUAAGCGUAAACGUUGUCAGUAACCGGGUACUACCAUUACAGAUUCCAUCGAUAUCGGUUCUGUGGGUGACCAUAGCCUAAGAAUUACCAGUAAUCAGGUACUACCAACUGUCUCACGUUUCACUCAUAUGGGUCCUCUGAGUGUUCUAAGCGUAGACGUUGUCAGUAAUCAGGUACUACCAUUACAGAUUCCAUCGAUAUCGGUUCACUGGGUGAACAAAGCCUAAACAUUACCAGUAAUUAGGUACUACCAACUGUCUCACGUUUCACUGAAAUUUGUCCUCUGGGUGUUCUAAGCGUAGUGAUUUGUGAAGAAGGGAUAAUGCAAGCAAAUUUCGAUUGUCGUACUUUAAAAGUAGAGCCAUUACCAGUUACCGACUUAAAUGAAAGCACGUCGAAGUAUCAAUUCGAGGAAUUCUUGUUGGAUAGGUUUCUCUAUGCAAUUAGUACAGGCAACAUACUGGAGUUUUCGGAGGAUGGAAAGAAUUCUGUUCCGGAACAUGUAAUAUGGAUUUCAGGAGCAAUGCAUACGUUUGUAAGCUACAAAUUUAAUAACUCUCUUACUAAGUUUGUUUUUAAAUGUUUUAGCAAUAACCAGUACAAGCUUAAAGUUAUCACCUUUUGGUAAUUUGUAGCAAUAAUUUUAAAUAUAAUAUAGACAUACACUUUCAUUUUCGAUAGUUUUCGCAUAUUUAAAUGUAAACAUUGUAACAUUAUGCUUACCCUCAGGAAUACCCCACUAAGUAUCUUUACAUAUGAUGGUCAACACAUCAUCCAUUACAUUUUAAUACUACAAUUAGUCUGUAUUUCUAAUUUAUAGCUUACGUUUGACUUGGAGAAAGUAGGAGGGAAAGGGAUGUUCAAAUCCGGAGGUUAUCUGAGAGGUAGUUCAAGGAAAGAACUAAUUUUGUUCGCAUGAUCCCUCAUCUUACGCGAAUGGGAAUAAUCUGGAAUGGAGACUCUUUAGAACCAGUGAACAUUCAAACUUAUGAUAGUGAUUUUAGACUAUGACAGUGGAUAUUCUUUUUAUACAUGAAUAUACUUAAUACUACUGUUUUUUGUUCUUUAUAAAAACAAUAAUUUACUGGAUGUUGUCAUCCUGUGCCAUAUUAAUUCGUUUACAAUUAUUUAUCAUCGAAGCAUUCUUUUUAUUUUAUCUUUUAUUAGAAAUGUAACAUAAAAUGUACAUAUAUGUCUGUUAUUUUACUUCAUGUACUUCUUAAUUUUAUCUUUAAAUAAUGGUGUGUUGUACAUUCUUUGAUAAUAAAUCUUUUUACUUUACUGUUU